GAGAAAGAAAAAAAUUAAGGAGCAAGAAGAAAAAAUUACGAGACUUGGAAGUGAAUUGGAGAAGAAGGAAAGGCAGAUAAUGGAAACAGCGAGGAGAGAGAAUGAAAAAGUUGAAAGCCUGAAAAAUGAACAUCAGAAGAAGGUUGAUGAAUUGUCACAUGAAAUACAGAAAACGAGAGAAGAGUUGUCGAAGGAAAGGGAUCGUAACCAGGAAAUGUUUGAGGAAUACAGCAGGAUUAUUAAAAACCAUAAAUCCAGAAUUGAUGUUCUUCGAAAGGAACUUGAAGAAAAGGAGGAGAAAGUCACCCAGUAUACUCAGAGGCUGGCUUCCCUCAGUGAAAAGCGAGUUAAGCAAGAUCAAAGAUUAGUAGAAGAUACCACCUCCUCUAACAGACCGUCUCAACUUAGAACAGAUUUCAUAGCAUUUUUCGACAAUGAAAGAUUUGAUGCGUGUGAGAAUAUGCAAUCGAUUUAUCAGAACAAGGAAGAUUGUUUCGUCUACUGCUACUAUCCCAGACUAGCCUGUAUGAUAUUUGAGACUGCUUACGAGGUAGCGAGAGCAAUAAAGGAGGCUGCGUCUGACUUGUCUAUGGAGUUAUUGAAGCGAGUGAUUCAUGAAGCACCAAGAAUGGGUGAAAAAUAUUUAACUACCAGAGAGGUGUGGAUAGAGGAACAAAGUUCACCCGUUUGCACUGUACCGAUUACUAUAAACGUGUGGGGUGACAAAUCAUCGGACCCCAAGGAUCUUGCGGACGGCAUCCAGUUGAACUUCAAAGAAACUGCCGACACCUGCUCUCUUCAAUUUCUCGAGGAGAGAGUUAAAGCAGAGGCUUCUAAAAAGUGGUGGGAGUGGUAUGAAAAGGAUAAGUCAUGCAUGUUCCAACCAGCAGACAAAUUGAUACCACUCCUCGAAAAGUACAUCAAGGCUUGCCUUCGUUUGACUUGGAAAAUGGUGACCCAGGUUCCUCCAAUGAAGCUCGAGUUCCACAGUUCUAAGUUUGAUAAACAUAUUCAUAAGAAUCAAGGAUAUCAUAGCAGUCAGCAAGGGAGCACAAAACCUCACAGUACCGCUGAGGAGCAAGAAGAGGAGAUCGAAUAUUACCUGUGGCCUGGACUGCAGGAUGGUGGAGGGAGAAAAAUUUGUGAAGCAGAGGUCAUUUGUAAGGUGAAAGAGUAAGGAGUUCCGCUGCUUUAAAUUUCUCAGAUUUGUUUCAGAUUCAGAUUUGUAUUGGCGGGCAAAAGUGAACUAGUUACCUGUGGUAAUAGUCCUUGUGAAACGAAAAAGUGUGUAAGUCUUUGAGCAUCAGCUGAAGAACAGCUCGUAUGUAUUUUCAUAUUACUAUCCUUUGAUGCAGUUUUCUAUUAUUGUAAUUUAGACGAAAACUAUUUUAACUUUGCCAUAACUCAGCGAAACGUUUUAAAAAAGUGUAAGUUUGCAACAUUUAAUGCGGUAAAGGGCGACAGACACCAGUACAACUUAGUGAAAUGAGAUAAUGUAAUCAAGACAGUAGGAAAACCAUACAAUUGUCACUUUCAAGUAUACUGGCAUGAUAAACAGCUAAGCCGUUAUUAACCGCGAUGAUGAGAACACACAGCUGAAAAUAGGUCCGCGCUGCGUACAUGUGCCAAAUAAAAUGAAUGUAGUAUAGAUAAUUGUACGACUACAGCUGUACUGCGCUUUAGGUCUAUUUGGAAAGGGUUUCAAUGGAUGCAUAGGUGUACUAAAACGGAGAAGUUUUCAAGGAAUUUGUUUAAUAGCCGAUUAUAUAAAGUUUUAUCAUAGCAAACACGUUUUUGUUGUGCCUACCACCCAUUUUUGACAUUAGUACAUUUUUGGAGCAAAUACACAGACAGUCCUGGUGGUUUUGUGUGACUGAUCUGAAACAAUAGAGACUGCUUUUGCAGUUAUGUCUUCUACUUGGAUUUGACAAUCAAACCAUUUGGUAUUCUUUUCGUUUUUCUUUAUUGGAGACACGUCGUGAAUGUAUCCUGCAAUAACUCCUUUUAGGUCUCCCUCUUACUCCUAGCUCUACAGAUUAUAAAAAGGGUUAUGAAUUAGCGAUGUCAUAUUUUGAUAAAAGCAGUCUACUUGAUAAUGGACAAUUGGCAAAAACAUAUUGUAAAGAACGGUUGUAAUAACUCAGUAUUAAAAUGAUUGUUAGAUCAGUGUCAAGAGUAUGUGUAACUCCGUGAUCUUUUUGCCUGGGAGAGUUUCUCAACUAAUCAGAAGCAAAAGUAAAACAACUCUUGACUACUGUAGAACAGAAUUUUGCAAAUUCAAACAAUAGCAGAUACAAUUUUAAAAUAAAUCAGUCUUUGGAAAUGUUGGUGCGAAUAAAACGCACAGAUUUCAACACGAGGAUUUCCGUAAAAUAAAACAAAGGUAGAAACAAUUUGGGUACAAUUUGCGAUGACAUUCCUAUACAUUUUGGCCGUUACAAUAUUAGGGGCUUACUUUAGUUUGCGAAACGAAACGAAACAAAACAAACGAAACGAAGCGAAACAAAGUGAAAAUCUGUCUCGCAAAAAGAGAAUCCCUGUUUUACCGACUGUUUCCAUCAAGCUCGUUUUGAUGGCAUAUUACUUUUUAGCGAGGGAAAAUUUACCUGUAUGCAUAUGUGUGCUUUCAACAUUAAAACUAAAUAAAUGUUGUGAUUGAC